CAGCGACGUGCGGCGCUGUGAUACACGCAUCGCAUGCCUCCCUCUCCCCCCUCAGCCCAGGCUCUGCUCUUCAGGCUGCAAUUAGGAGAGGAGAGGGACUAUAACAGGAAACGUGACCAGGGGAACUGGGCUGAUCUCUGUGGCCACUGUGCUGGCCUGGAAGUCCUUUGUGCUCCCCUCUGAGAAGAGAAUCAGACAGGUCCACAGCCAACAGCUAACAUUACUAAUGCUCUUUCACCCAGGAUCUACCUGUGACUUAUACCUGCCUCAUACGCAUUGGACGAGCUAAAAAGCAGGAGUUCAGAAAAUAAUUAAUCUCUGAUGAUGAGGCAGAUGACAGCACCAGAGCUGCGGAUGGGUCUCUUUGCCUUGGCCCUGACCCUCAGUCUAACCAUGGCUGAACAUAUGGAUCAGAAGCCAGCACUCCAAACCAGCCCAGUUCUCCACAGGCACAAGAGAGAGUGGUUGUGGAACAACCUUUACGUGGAGGAGGAAAGGCCAACCUACUUCCAAUACUAUCUUGGAAAGUUAAAGUCAACUAAGUCUGGUGACAGGACACACUAUGUCAUUGAUGGAGAAGGUGCCAACACAAUCUUCAAAGUGGAUGAUAAAGGAGACAUCUUUGUCACUGAACGAUUGGAUCGAGAGGUGAAAAGCAAAUAUCAUCUAAGGGCCCAGCUGCUUGAUACCAGCAACAACUUGGUGGAGAAAGUGGAAGAGUUUGUGAUCCUGGUUACUGACAUCAACGACAACGAUCCAGUGUUUACUAAAUCGUUCAACGCUUCUAUCAAAGAGAGAUCCAAAAGAGGAAGUAAAGUGAUAGAAGUCACUGCCACUGAUGCAGAUGAUCCAACGACUGCAAAUGGAGAACUUGAUUACAAAUUAUUAGAGGGGGGAGAUUUCUUCAAUAUAGACAGCACAACAGGGAUUAUCACCACCAAGUAUGAGAACCUGGACCGUGAGACCCAGAGUAGCUAUGUGGUUGUGGUUCAAGCCCAGGAUCUGAGAGGACUUAAACAAGGGGGCACCGCCACCACCUCUGUCACCAUCGCAGUCAGCGACAUCAAUGAUAACAUUGCCACAUUUAGCAAAAGUUCCUAUGUCUUUAGUGUGAAAGAGGACAUGAAGCGGGGACAGAGAAUAGACACCAUGGUACUGGAGGACAGAGAUGAGAUCCAGAAUAAAGACCCCAUCUUCACCAUAGCACCUUCAUCUGACACUUUUAAAAUGGAGCGCAGUCAGAUCAAAGAUGGCAACCUCAUGCUGAAACAGGGACUGGAUUAUGAAACCAAGAGCAGCUACACGUUCUUUGUGCAUGUGAGGGAGAACCACUUGCAGUCCCCUGCGGAUAAUAAGGACAAUCCAUUGAUCAAGGCCCAAGUGACCAUCCAGGUGCUAGAUGUUGAUGAGCAGCCAGAAUUCAGCAAGAGCAUCUACAACUUUAAUGUGAUAGAGGAAAUUAUGGUCAAUAAUAUUGGAGUCGUUUCAGCCAGAGAUCCUGAUCAAGCCAACAAGGCCAUACGGUAUUCCAUUGAGGACAAGGACAGUCCCAUUGGUAUCAACCCCAUAACUGGACAACUUUUCACAGUGAGGAAGCUGGAUCGGGAGCUUGUUGCCAAUCACAUGUUCCAGGUUAAAGCUAAGGAGGAACCAAAUGGACUGGAAUCUUUUGUGAACGUCAACAUACUGGUCAUUGAUAUCAAUGACAACAAACCAGAGCUGUCCAUUGAAGAGAUAUUCGUUUGUGAAAAUGAUAUGGCUGGCACGGUGAUUGGGACCAUAAGUGCCACAGACAAAGAUGAUCAUUUGCUCGCAUUCAGCUUCACGUUGGCGAAGCCAAAUGCCAACUUUUCAGUCAUCGAUAACAACGACAACACAUCUAACAUAGUGCUGAAACAUGGAGGCUUCAGCCUGAAGGACUCCAGGGAUUAUGUAAUAGAAAUUGGGAUCAGCGAUGGAGGCAGGCCUCCCAUGAGCAGCAUCACCUCCCUGCCUAUCAAUGUGUGCAGGUGUGACAACAAGAGGAUCCACACCCAGUGCAAAGCAGCCCAACUCAAAAUGGGUGUCAGUGUCCAUGCCCUUAUUGUUAUACUGGUGUGCAUCCUGAUUAUUCUGGUCAUAGUGAUCCUGAUCGCUAUGAGAAAACGGCACCAGAAGGAUGCCCUGGUCACUCUGGGUAAGAGUGAGAUCCAUGAGCAGCUAGUGACGUACGACGAGGAGGGCGGUGGGGAGAUGGACACCAACGGCUACGACGUGUCCAUCCUGACCUCAGCUCGGAAUGACGGCAGCAUGAGCAUGAGGCAGGGCCCCAGCCUUUACGCCAUGGUGAAGAAACCACCAACCGCGUGCAAGGGAGACAUGGCCGUGAUGAUCGAGGUGAAGAAAGACGAGGCUGACCAUGACAGGGAUGAGAUCCCCUAUGAUACCCUGCACAUCUAUGGCUACGAGGGGCCAGAGUCCCUGGCUGGUAGCCUCAGUUCCCUGGAUAGUUCCUCCACUGGCUCUAACCUUGACUAUGACUUCUUAAACGACUGGGGCCCUCGCUUCAGAACCCUGGCUGAGCUCUAUGGGGUGGAUGGGUCUGAGAGAAGUGACUCCCCAUAUUGAGCACACUGAGCCUAAAGACCAGCAGGCAGGAUGUCUCUCAGCUCUCUCAGCUCUUCCUUUGACUAAAAGCACAUCGGGAUUAACUUCUUCCACUAAUCCGUCCAAUCAUAGCACACUAUGAUAGGGUCCACUCAAGCGUGUGCCAAUUUUAAGUAAUUCUCUCUUCUUCUCGUUCUUUUUCCUCUUCUUCUACCUCCUGUUCCUCCUGCUCUUACUUCUCCUUUUUCCACUCUAUUCCCUUGUUAUUAUUAUUAUUUUAAAGAAAUAGUGCUUUUAUUUCCUUUUCUUUCAUUUUAUUCGUUUCUGUCACGUGAAUAUGACGACAAAGGGAAAUAGAUUUGGUGUAAAGAAAACCGUGAAACAUUCCACAACUGUGCUUCAUUUAUUUGUUUUACAUUUAUUUUAGGUUUCAGAGGAGAUUAAGAAAAUGUGUUUUAUUUUUUGUCCGAUUACUCACACAGAAAUCUGUAUACCUUCAUUUUGAUUGAUUGUGUUUUUUUAUGGUUGACUAAACCAACUGUAGCUAUGUAGAGAGGGUGGGUCAUUCAGUGAGUCACAGUGGCAGUUGUCUUUCAGACAUAAUUACCCUUCUCACCAAGAGCUACUAUUGUCCAGGGAGCCCGGCAGGAAACAAUGAUAACCGAAGCUCUGAAAUAAUUAAAGUCUAUUCCUAGUUUAUUUGACAGGACUCAUCAACACAUCAAUUGUUGUGGAUAAAGCCCAAGUCUCUGAGGUCCACUGUAACAAAAGUAUUACAACCAACUCAGGAAAUGUGAAGUAGCUCAAUAGUCCUUUGGAAUACCACAAAGUUAUCUGAAUAACUUUAACCUUUCAUCCUAGAGCUAUUGCUUCAACAUACUGCUUCAACAUCCCGCUUCAGUAUUCUUCUUCAACAGAAUGCUUCCACAGAAUGCUUCAACAUACUGCUUCAACAUACUGCUUCAAUAAUCUACUUCAACAUACAGCAUGUGCUUCUGCUCCAUUUGCUGAAACAGCUUAAAAUAAUGAGGGCAAUCUACACAAGAUCAAGUUUAUCAUUAUCGCCAUUGUCCUUCUUGACUGAAGACAUAGCAAAAAGAGAGCUAAGGUUUACCCGUUUUCAUUAUAUUCCAUUUGAUUUAGAAUGUGGACUGUUUGUUGUAUACUGAAGCUUUGCCUACAUGGGACCACUUCUCAUAAACCAUGGAUACAAUAUGUGGAAGCCAUCAUACCACUUCCCUGUCUGGAUCAUAUACAUGGAGAGCUGGACCCCCAUCCUUUUUCAAACACCAGAGUCCGCCCCUACACAUUAUCCAAACAAAACACUGGAAUCAGCUUCCUGCACAUAUGUGUGUGAGGAAGCCCUCUUCCUGUCCUGUUAUCUUUUAAAGUAAAGCAACACAUUGCGGCCCAUUUUCCUGUUUUCCUGCCUGGGAAAAGCCUUUGGAGAGGGCAAAAUAGAUAGAGAACAAUGUAAGAGCCAUGAUGGCUUUAACAACAAACACCAUUUAAUUUCUGUGUUGACCAUCUACCAAAGAUCAGUAUGGUGAAACCUCGGCAUACAAUAGUUGCCACUGGUAAACUGUGCUGUAAUGUUAUGUCUCUAGUACUCCAUUUCUAUAUAACAUACCUGAUCUACUUCGUUCCAUGCUAUUAAUGAUCAUUGUCUGCGCACAAUUCUAUUCUAUUUCACAAGCUCUUACUGUUCGUGAUGCUCUUCUGUAAACCUUACGGCAAUAAGUAACUUGGCAAUACGGGAUCCAUGUUAUCGAGAUUGUGAGUACUGGAAAUAUAGUUGUCUACACUGUAUAUAGAAAUGUGCCUGAAUAUUGAUAUUGGCCUCACUUCCUUUUGCGUUUUUUCAAAAUUAUUUUACUUGACACUGGUCUUUGUCUGUUGAGUGUAAGUGUAAAAUAUGUCGUUUUUUUUUUUACACUUGUAGUGUAAUUGAUGUGUAAUUGUGCAUUGAUUGAUGCUAUAUGUAUGUGUGAGUCUACCUGUGUAAAUACACUUCAGUGGGUGUCAGUAUUGGGCACCAAAAGGAGAAGAGAAAACAUUCAAAUGCAUUCUUUUUGUAUGCAGCUAGAUCAUUCUGUAGGAGAGCAAUAUGUGCCUUGGUUUAUGAUCAUUCUCUCGAUGGUGAACACAAUCUUUUCUAUGGUUUGUAUCCUGUAAAACAACAACUUUUUAUUUAGUAACAAUUUUGUAUGUGUAAAAUAAACGUAGCACUCAAAAGUC